CCAUAAAGUAUUUGACAGCGACGAAAAGAGAAACUUAAAUCUAUGAUUAGUCCUUCAAAAAAUGAAAGUGGAAAAACAUCAAAUAUUCGGAGUAUAACUAUUUACAUUGAAUAACAUUAAAAUAAGUUCAGAAAGGAAGUUAUGGAAGGAAAAUUUAUUGUUUUCCUUUUUCUAUUCGUUGAAAGUAAAAGGUGAUUUUACUUUUCCCAUUAAAAUACACCAAAUGGUUUCGUGAGAGAGCAAAGUGGAUUUGGUUGUUUCAUAGGAAGGUAAUUUCAACUAAUGCUUCCACAAUGAUCCCACCAUCAAUAAUUUUACAACCUGAAUCAGGGUUUCAAUUUUAUAUUGGGAGCAAAGUGCAUUUAUUGUCGCAAAUUAAAGAAUGGCUCAGUCUUUCAGUAAAAUUUCAAUUUUUUCUCCUAUACAAGUGAGCUGUCAUGAUUAUGUACAUCCGUGGACAGACAGCUGUAUGGAUGCAUUAUGUGGUUUAUAUUAUCGGGCCAUCAUAUAUUCUCUCAAGAUGUAUGCAACAGUUUAUCUGUUAUCGCUAGUUACAAAAGGGAAAAUACCGAAAAAAAAUGAUGUGUUGAAAUUGAUAUAUGGAAUUUUACAAUCUACAGCCUUUCUUAGUGGAACUGGAUUUGGCUAUUCUGCCAUAGUUUGUCUUUUAAGGAGAAUACUUGGAAACUACAACUUUCUGACAGUAUCAUUCUUUCCUGCCUUUUUGUCUAGUGUAUUCUCAAUUUUGAUUGAAAAGCCUCAUCGUAGAACCCUGCUUGCUCUUUAUGUUACCAAUGUAGCUACAGAAACAGCUUGGAAUAUGCUCUUAUCCAGAAAUUUAGUUAGGAAUUUCAGAUUUGGAAGUGUCAGUAUAUUUGCAGUCAGUUCUUCUCUAUUAUUGACAUAUUACAAGGCAGGAUGGCAUAAAAAGGAUAACCACUCAAGGGUAGAUCCUAUUUUUGGAAUAUUAAGGUUUAUAGUGGGACCGUAUGAAGAAAAGGAUUACACAGUGAGAUCGAGCCGCGAAAACAGUAUUUACCGACAAGAAGUUCAAAAUGACCCUUCUCCAAGGAGAAGAGCUACAUCUUGGUGCUCAAACACUAAAUCCUCAAAGAAUUCAGUAUAUGCAAUAGUAACACAAGCUUUAAGGGCAUAUAAGAGGAUUAUAGAAAAAAUUAAGUGCUGUGAUAGACACUAUACCUGUCCUCAUCCAUUUAGCUGUUUAUAUUACACAAUGGAGGGUGCCGGUAAGAUGUUCAGUUUAGGUUUAGGAGUUCAAUUGACCAUUAAACUGAUGUUCAAUAUGAAAAGAAUAAUCAGUUCGCCAAAAUCUUUAAAAUCCAUAUUCCUAAAGAGGGAUACUUUGAAUCUUGCUGUAUGCCUAGGUGGAUUUUCAGGAUUAUUCAGGGCUGUCCUGUGUUUACUAAGGAGAAGCACAGGCAAGGAUCUUCCAAUUUAUGCUCUUCCAGCUGGAGCAAUUGCCGGAACGGCAUUUUUAAAAUAUCCAGACACUACUGUCGCACUAUAUAUCAUGUGGAAAAUGUUACAUAUUACCUACAACAUGGGAAUUGACCAAAAUAUUCUGCCCAAAGUACCAGGAUUUUCGGAGCUGCUCUAUUGCCUCAGUACUGGUUUAUUAUUCCAUGUUGCAAUCAUUGAACCAAAUAACCUCAGGCCAAGCUACUGGAAAUUCUUACACGGAGUGUCAGGAGGAAGGAUUGCGUGUAUGAGUCGAAUACCUCUUGAUCAAUGGGGUUGCAAUUCUUCCGAUGCUUUAGCUCAAGCUUUACAAGCCACCAAAACAAGGGCUGUUUUAAGUUGAUAUUUUUUUAAUACAGGGUUGUAGGUAAUUGUUGUUUUUAUAUCAUUGUUAUUUUGUAUUUGAGGAACUGGAAAAUUUCUGAAUUAUAUUUCUUUAUACAUUGAAA